UUAAAAGAUUUUUCAAAAUAAAAAAUAAAAAAUUGCCGAUAAAUUUUAAAAAUGAAGAUACAAGUCAAGAACUGAAGGUAAUUGAAGAUUUCGAACAUUUAGAUGAUGAAUUCCAUAACGAGGAAACAUUAGCAGAAUUCUUCAACAAGGAAGAUUUUACAGAAGAAGAUGUAAAACCAAUAGAUUCUUCUAUUGUUCUUUCAAAAUUUAAUGCUCGCAUGGUAGAAAGCAUCAAGGAAAUGCUAGAAGGAAAAGAAUCGCAAAUCGAAGAACUUUUAAUGCGUUUCAGAUAUUCUCAGUUUUGCACGGAAAAUCCAAUAAAAGAUGUUUUCACGAUAAAAGGUUUACGUUUCAUAAAUAUUCAAUGCUAUAAAUGCUGUCGAAUAUUUUGUAGAGCUGAUGAUUUGGCAGCUGAUAAAAUUAAAUUUGAGGUUUACGUUGAUGAAUGUCAGAAAGAAAAAUAUCGUUACGUUUGUUCAUAUUGCAAUAAAAGUUAUCGAUACAGAGUUCAAACUCAGCAACAUCUUUUACAACAUAUCAUCUGUAAACAGAUAUUAUGUAAAAAAUGUCUUCAAGAAAAUGUCGAUUCGAAUUCCGUUUCCUUAAUGCCGUUAGAAGAAUGUUUUGAAAAUGCAUUAUGUUUAUAUAAAUAUAAACCAACAAUCGUGCAAAAUUCAAAUAUGGCGGCAUCUGCUCUUGUAUCUGUUAAUUGUGGAAGAUGCCAAAAAUUAUUUCUUCGAGGUGAUGAAUUCGUAGAAAUUUAUCUAGAUGAAAUGUAUCGAAACAUCAAUCCGGAAAAUAUUCUAAAAUUAGCAAAAUAUUGGAAAUGUCUUCUUUGUAAUACUAUUAUGGAUAUGAAAGAAGAAAAUACUCAAUUAACGCUACAUGAACACUUGUGGAUGCAUAUGAUAUCUGAUGAAAUAUUUUGUGAUAAUUGCCAACAAGAAAAACCAUAAUUUACAUAUAGAAGCUAUAUUUUCUUCCAUAAUUUGUAAAAAACUAAGUUUUUUAUUUCCUGUUUAAUACAAAUAAUUAUAAAAUGUUAUAUAAGUGUUUCUUAAUAAUUAUAGUAACAAUAAUAAUUAAAUAAAUAUUGAACAAAAUUAAAUUCAUUGUAGCAUAGAAUUUUUUAUUUUUGAUGCCAAUAAACAUGAGUUUUUGCUAUUUCAUUUUAUAUUUGUCAGUUUUCAAACUCCUCAAUCCAUUUGUUUAAUCUUCUAUCGAUGAUCAGCAAUUUAUGUUUAAAAUUGCUUUGUUAAAUACUCAUUAACAAAUUCUAGUAUUUAUAAAUAAAACUCUGCUUUUACUUCUAACAUCUGAAUUUCGUUGCAGUUUGUUUCAAAUUUGAAAUGAGGCUUUACUUAAUGUUUUUUGCUUUUUCCGUUCAUUAGACAUUAAGGGUUUUCGUGACUCUCAUCAUGAGUUCAGACUUCAAGAUAACAGUGAGAGAGGCCGCAUUGUGGAUGGGGUCCGCUUAUCCGAAACAAAUCCAUCCCUUAAAAAAUUAUUGAUGUUCUGAACUAGAUUCAAACUUGGUUCCCCAAUACGGCAGACUGACGCCUUUGCCACCUCUGCCAUCGGCCGUCUUCAAGGUGUAGCUGAAAGCAAUGAGGACAGUCAAAUUCACAACAAGACGAGACGUUGUUGAAUUUCCACAAAAACAUUUAUAUUACAAGUAAAACGUAUGUACAGUUACAAAAGUUCACAAACAACAAUUACAAAACGUCAGGUGUAACAAAGUUCAAAUACUUUUAAUCCACGACAACAGGUCCGUCGAAAAGGACACCUUGCGACGAACUC